CCUCGAUCGAAAAGCGCAAUUUUUUAUAAACAAUAGAACGUUAAGGAAAUAUUUUUAAGAAAAAAGCUUGAAAAUGAAAACAAUAACGUUUUCAAAAACAGGAGAAAAACGUGAGAUAAAAUGUGAUAUAACUUUAUUUUGUGACAGAAUUCGUGCUAUGCCUGACAAAUUUGAAAUUAUCGUACUAAAAGAAAUAGAGAACAAGAGUUGUGCAAUUUAUAAGGAUGAUCAGAUUUACAAAUUAAUUGAUUUUUGUUCAUUUAACACAAAGUUAUACACAAAACAAGAUAAACGUCCAAAGCUUUUAAAGCCAUUGACUUUCUAUGAACUACGUGAUUCUGAUAUAAUUUUUGUUGGAGAACAUGAAAUAGUAUUUCACAGUGAGCCUGAUGAGACUGAAAAACAAUCCUUUUACAUCCCAGAAACACAAGAAGUUGAACAAGAUAUCCAAAUUCAAAAUACAGUGUUCAUUGAUGAUGAUAUCGAAAUACCUGAGACACAAGAACUUACUCCAGAAAUAGAGUUUGAAAAACCGAUGAAAACCCAAUUUAUUGAGCCUGAAACGGCAAGAAGUCUCAAAAUAGCAACCGAAAAAGUGCGAAAUGAAUAUUUUGUUGAAACACAGCCAGUUACAAAUGUUUUUCCUCCGUAUACUAGACGAUAUGCAGCAAAACAAAAUGAGAUAAAACCAAAGACUGUUCCUUUGUCUGUUUUUGGCUGUGAAACACAAGCAUUGAAUGCAGAAACUCAAGCAAUGUCAUUCACGCAACUUAUGAAAGAUAAUGAUCCAAAGAAAGCCACGAGUAAACGUAAAUCAGAGCCUCCAAAGGAGAUCAAGAAAGAAACAAUAAAAAAUUCAGUAUUAUUAUCAGAUACUGAAAGCGACUCUGACGAUGAUCGAAGUAAAAUAAGUGCUGCUAGUGUUAAGUAUGCAGAUCAAAGUCAUCCAAAUUAUAACAAUUCGUUAAGUCAAUAUUCUAUCAAUGACGAUUUCUAUAUGGGAGAUAUACAAUCAACAGAAUUUGAUUCACAAUUUAUGGAACAAGUCAACUCUAGUUGCAAUAUGGAAAACUCUAAUCAAAUUAUAAACUCUGAAAUUCCAGUUGUAAAAGAAGAAGUCAUGAAGAUAUCCAAUUCGAAUCUCACCAAGGAAGAUAAUGAAGAUGACAUUAAGCCGGGUCCUCGUAAGCGAAUUAAACUAUUUAAGUUUGUAUCAAGUGAUGAAGAGUAGAUGUACACUUUAUUUCCUUAAAUAAAAUAUGUAUUAUUUAAAAAUCUUGAAGAGGUCAAUAAACAGAGAAGUUACGUAAAGCACAACAUAUGUUGCACAAAUAUCUUCCGUGAGA